AUGAAACCCAGUAAUAAACGUUUGGUGCAGCAAAACCUUGUUACUUACUAUAAUAUUAAAAACUUUAAAUACUUUACCUUAGCCUUAUAUUUAUUACUACUAGUAAAAAAGAUAAGGCCUUUAAUGUAUUAUUUAAUAGCUAAAUUAUUAGUAAAAAACCUUUUAAUAUAUAUAAUUAUAGCUAAUAAGGUAGAUUUAAUUAAGGCGUUUAAUAAAGUUACUUAUCUAUUAUUUAAUAACUUUAGUAUAUAUAAAUUAACUAAAGUAGGCAGUAAUAAAAAUAAUAAUAAUAAGGUUAGUAGUAAUAGGUAG